UCCACCCCGACUGCCAAUUCCUCUUUGCUUUUACCUGGACUGACCCCGACACUCAGCUUACCACCCAGCUCACAUGGACUGUACUCCCUCAGGGGUUCAGAGACAGUCCCCAUUACUUCGGACAGGCUCUGUCCCGAGACCUGGCCAGAUGCUCGCUCCGCCCUAGCACCCUCCUCCAAUAUGUAGACGACCUGCUCCUUUGCAGCCCCUCAGAAAAAACCUCCCGACAACAUUCUGCAACUCUUCUUAAUUUCCUUGGCUCCCAGGGUUACAGAGCCUCACAAUCCAAGGCCCAACUGACUCAGACUUCUGUUGUCUAUCUAGGCCUCAAAAUCACCCCUACCACUAAGGCCCUGACGGCAGAUCGGUGUAGCCUCCUCAGGUCCAUCUGUCCUCCGGCCAACGGAGACCAGAUAUUGUCCUUCCUAGGACUGAUGGGGUUCUUCCGACACUGGGUCCCAAACUACGCCACCCUGGCCAAACCCCUAUAUGCCGCUGCUAAAGAGACUCCCACAGGACCACUGUCUUCCCCCACUGAAGUGACUAAGGCCUUCCACGCUUUACGCUCAACCCUAUUGGCUGCACCCCCUCUCUUUCUCCCAAAUCCCAACUAUCCACACCAUCUAUACACUGAUGAAAAGGGAGGGAUAGCCUUUGGAGCCCUGGUGCAACCGAUUGGCCCCGAACUGCUGCCUGUUGCUUACAUAUCCAAACAACUUGACCCCACAGCCAGGGGAUGGUUCCCCUGCCUGCGGGCACUAGCGGCAGCAGCAACAUUGUACGCUGAUGCUAAAAAGCUGAUUCAUGGUCAGCCCCUGACCAUCUUCUCACCUCAUCGCCUUGGCGAUCUUUUAGCCUCUAGAUUUCUCUCUGACCUCAGCGAAUCCAGGCUCCAGCAGUUUCACCUGGUAUUUUUGGACAAUCCGCAAGUUUCCAUCUCCCAGCAGGUGGCUACGGCUCUGGGCAUCGACUGGCAUCUCCACAUCCCCUAUCGGCCCCAGUCGUCAGGCAAAGUAGAACGGGUGAACGGCAUCAUCAAGACGCACCUGACCAAGCUUGCCUCAGAACUGCGGCUGUCUUGGGUCGACCUCCUUCCUCUGGCGCUCACUCGCAUUCGCACCACACCACACUCCAAAACAGGUUUGACCCCUUUCGAACUGCUCUACGGCAGGCCCUAUCUCCUGACUCACCUCCCAGAGGGAGAGGCUCCCCCACUUGCGGGGUACCUCCCCCUCUUCUCCCUCCUACGAUCCUUGCUGAGAGAACACGCAAACCGGGUCCUGCCACAACCGACAGACGACGAGGGGCCAACUCAGCCUCUGGCCCCGGGAGAUCAGGUACUGCUAAAAACCUUGAGUCCCCGCCUGCUACAACCUCGCUGGACGGGGCCCCAUACUGUAAUCCUCACCACUCCCACGGCAGCCAAACUGCUGGGACACGAGCCCUGGUAUCACCUGACCCGGCUCAAACGAGCUCCCCCGGGUCUCCCAGAGACAGGGGCGGCCCCGGCCCAGGCCCCUCCUCUCAAUUACUCCUACCACUCCACCCUCACGGGGCCGACCAAACUGACCAUCACCCGAACCCCUCUGUCGUCAAUCCCAAAAUAAUUGGGGGACCACAUCCUGAUAUCCGAUGCUGACCUGGCAUCACCCGCUGUGGCUGCUAACAAUCACAGCUCUGGCCAUACUUUUUGCCAUUAGAUUAGCGGCCGCGGCCCCCCGCAAUUGGUCCUCCAUUCUUCGACUGUCCCUGGCCCUCACAUACCUAGCCAUCUGCUUCCUACUCCUGGGGUGCUAUUCCCUUGGGACACCCUGACCUGGUUACCGGCUCCAUCCCUACGAGACCCACGAGGCUGGUUGUCCGCCACACCCCCUUCACCCCAACCUCAGAACAAUGCGGGACUCUCUACUCUGGGUUACUCUGGGGGUACUGGGGGUCCUGGAAAAAGGGGGGCACACCUACCAAAACCCCCACCAGCCUUUUCAAGUCACAUGGAUCUUAAAAAAUGGAGAGACCUACGAAGAGCUAAACCGGA